AACAAGCAAGAGAGACAGAGCAAGAACAAGGGGCAGGAAGAGAAGAGGAAACUAGGGUUACGUUUAUCACAGUCACGAGACAUGGAGCCUCGACAUCCUCGGGACAAGAGGCGACGCCGAGACGCCCCCCGUCUUCACUCGAACUGCGACGGAGGCAACGGCGGGAUGAUAUCAACAUCAACAUGCCCCUCUGUCGUGUCCAAGAGGGACAAGACAAGAGCGCUGGUGUUAACCCUGCUCUACCUCUGCUCCUGUCCGGUAGUCUCGACUGAUUCCGCCGCCCCUGCCCCUCCGCCCCCCCCUCCACCACCUCCGCCUCCACCGCCACCUCGUGAUGCCCCUCGAGGAGGCGGUGCAACCGCAUCAGCAGGGAGCUCUCGAGGUGGGCAAGCGCUGCCGAGGUCUAGUCGCGAUGGAAGCGCGGAGGACGUUGCCGCGACAGCUUCGGCCGUUGCCGCCGCUGCUGCUGCUGCGGCGGCGGUGACAGACGCGGGGGGCGGGGGGAGCACUGGAGGGGAGUCUACUGCAGGGGAAACAACGACCGAUCAUCUCGACCUCAUGGAUGGCCAUCUUACGGACUCCGAACAAGAUCACGGAUACUCUCAUGAGCGCUACCAACAGGAGCGCCACCACCAGGUGCAGGGGCACCCACGGUCAAGCUGGGUCGAUCAGGGAGGCGUCAACGGAGGGAGAGCGAACGCUAACGCCUGGGCGGAUGGUGAUGACGCCUCCGCGCAAUGGAGCAGGGCGGGGAGGGGGGAAUGGAGGGGUUUCGACGAGAGCUGGAAGGGUGACGGGGAAGGGGCAGAGGGCAGGCCGUGGAAGCACGAGGAUCUGAAGCAGCUGCUGCAGGAUCUGGAAGACACCGAGAUAGCUGGAGCAGGCGGUGCAAAGAGGGGGCGGGGACGCAGAAGGUACCGGUCGCCCCCCCCCCCCCGUCCCGGAGCAAGAGGCGGGGAAGGCGUUGUUGCCGGUGAAACCGACGAAACCGAUGAAACCGAAGACGGCGUGCCGAGGAGGCGACCUGGGGCGGGGUGGGGAACGCCACCUAGCCAAGGUGGCCAGAGGGAUGGAGAAGGCGACGGCGUCGUCGAAAGGCGUGAUCAGACAAGCAGCACUGGAUCGGGACCGAGAGCCACGGCACAAGGAGGAGGAGAAGAGGGGGGGGGAGGCAGAGGGCGGGAUCAGGGGCUAACGCUGGGUCCCCCCCCGCGAUUCCCCGGGACGGGGAUGGGAUCGGCGGGCAAUGCCGCUUCAGGUGAACCGGAUGCUAGCUUGACACCAGGUUCUGGAUCGCCUUCCCAAAGCGAUCAAGGCAACGCGCCGCCUCAGUUUGCGAAGAGGCGCGUGCGCGUCACGUGGGAGGCGGAGGGAUGGGGCGAAGGCGAGCAAAACGCGGCGCAAUUGAACUCGGGCGUCACGGACGCGGGGCAAGCGACGUCGUUUCGGAGCAACGACCAGUACGACGACAACUACUACUACGGCUCUGUCGCAGACACACACGCCGCUGAAUCGCAGCAGCACUACCACGAGGGCCUGGUCGGAUCCCUUUUGCAGAGCGGAGACUUCAGCGACACCGGGUCGGCCGGCACUUGGACAGACGCUGACACGGAGGAGCUCGUCGUGGGACACAGCCACGGACGCUUGGAGCACCUCACGGCCUACGGGUACCAUCAGAGGUACUCUCACGCUACGGUGGGAUCGAGGGUUGGGGGUAGGGUGCCGGGUCGCAGGCUGGUGAUGCCGCCUGGAGCACCGAUCGGACGGACGGGGUCGUCCGCCCCGCUUGGCGCGAGCACGCCUAUUCUCGACCUAGACUACAGCGCAAAGGUGCUUGACUACGGCCGAAAGGACGGGACUGGCCCUCCCAAGACUCUCACACUCAGGUCAUGGUCGCGGAUCACAGGUGCGGCAGGCAUUGCCACGGCAGGCGCCUUCCUGGCGGUGUCCCCCAACAACGCGGCUCGAGACCUCUACCUCGCGCUCUUUCGGCGCAACCUCGGUUUGAUCGCGGCCUCCCUCGUGGGCCCCGCCGUGUACUCGUGCCUCCUUUAUGACGGCAGCAAGGCCAACAUCAACACCUACGUUAGGGUCGUGACAUUCGCCUUCACGUGGGGGUAUCUCAUCUCCUUCGCCCUAGAGAUUGUAGCGGCGACGUUCUUCCAACUGUGCGUCUUGGCGGUUAUGGAGCCCAAGGCAUUCGACCUCACGCCGCACGUGCCCGCCAUAUUCCUUCCCUGGGUGCUGAGAGAGCAUGGGUACGUACCAUCUUCCCUGUUUUCUUGCCUGGCGGAUCUGCUCUCGUUCUGCGUGGGAGCGCCUAUUGUGGAGUGCGCCAUGAUGGUUUGGAUUGUGCGUCGGCUUGGGGCCUUGCCGAAGCGGGUCGCCUCGCCCCUCCCCACAGCAGAGGAAGAGGCCACAGACCCAGCAAGGGUCGGCCUCCGCAAGACCGGCGGCAAGAGCAACAAUGACGACACCGAGGACAACUCCAACGCCGAAACGGAAACGGCACCCUUCGGCGGGAGUACGGCGGAAGAAGGGGCAGGGGGUGGCAGCGGCGGUGGCGCUAUAGUCGCUUCUUCUUCUGUUGUAGGGGCCGUGGCGAACAAGGAGAAGCGUGCGAAGAGGCUAGGACCGUUCCGAGACAGGGCCGCUACCGCAACGGCAGCAUCGGACGCUGCCAAGGCGGCGAGGACUGCGGCGGAGGCCGCGGAGGCUGCCCAAGAGCCCACCCAUGUUCACACCUACCUCCUGUACGUGCUAGGCUCCGCGAUGGGCCUGAAAGCGGCGUGCACUAUGCAGAGGGUGCUUGUCUACACCAGGGAGUAUCACGAGCACAAGACGUUCUUCGCGGUCGCUCGGGGGUUCUUUCCUUUGUUCGAGCUGUGCGGGUCUAUCAUGGCCAUGAACCUGGCUCGUCGCGACAUCUUGGGGGACAGGAUGAAUAGGCUGCAGCUGUUCUUUGUCCCGGUGGCGCUCAACGCUUACGCGGUUUUCAGGGGCACCAAGCCGCUGUUCAAGUGGGCAUCGUCUAAACCGUGGGACGAGCUCCAGGUCAAGGCUUGGGUGUUCCCCAGGGGCAUGACGCCGUUCCAACGAGCGCGGAAGGGCUUCGCGAGCGUGGCUUGGUCUAUCGUCAUCUUGCGGGUGACGGCCCACGUGAUCAAGACCUACUGGCGCCUCAACCGCCUGCACAGCUCCCGCCUGCGUCAACAGCACGAGAUGGCUGCGGCAGCGGCUGCUGCUGCGGAGCAGCGGGCAGCUUUUGCCCUUCAAGAGGCCAUGGCUGGCGCAGGCAGAACCUCGUAGUUUAGCGCGGCAAGCAGAGGCCGCAUGUAUCCCCCGGGAUUUGGUUGCAGAUGCUAGCUGAAUUUUCCAGCCUGAGUCCGUAUCUAUGUUGUACAGUAUAUUGCUCUCAGGGAAUAUCCCGAGGCUUCACCUCGUCAGCGCAAACUUUGAAUGAACGACCCCUCUCGUUCAGUCCGAUAGUAGGCGAAUCCUGGAUGGUUCUGUGCAGGAGUUUUUGAGUUUUUGACCUACCGGCGACUGCGAUGGACGUUUUUCUCUGCAACCCUUAGACGCAGGCGGCGGUUCGUACAUUUCUCCAGCAAGAGACUCGUACCAACCAUUAUGUAGUUAUCGUAGAAUACCGCAGAUCGCUGUCCACCCCGGCCUGCCUUCCGAAGGUGUCUACUAGUAGGUUGCCUGUCGUCUCAUGUGUUUCGUUUGGCUGUGUGUUUUUCUCCAUGUUCACGUAUGCUUUGGUCUACAUAAGGGUACCUAGGGAUUCUUCUCUUCCACCCCGACAUCGGGGCUCGUCGGUAUAUGGGAGAGGCGAAGACCGCGCGGCACACAUGAUGCAUACAUAGGGAUGACAAGCGACGUCAACGAUUUUUUGUCUGUGAGGCGAGUGGCCCAUUUUCCGUGUUGCUGGAAACAUGUGCACGCCCUUGUAUGUACUGCUCUGUAAACUUUCGAUGUGUGGGGGUUGAGGGUUGGUGGGGCGAUGAGAGGUGUGGCUUGCUGUGUGAUGGGCGGUCGCAAUCAAUCAAGAAGAACCUGCGAACUUUUCAACGCGUUGUCUAGUAGGUUUCCUACGUGGUCUGAAGGGUUUCCAGGGAAUGCUCGCCCGGUACGAAGAAACCCAUCGCACAACGCCGAAAUGUUGGUGUAUGUACGUAGUGCUUUUCUGACGCUCAAGGAAUGAACAACAAUUGAGAAUUGUUUGUUUUUCGCUCGUCUUCAUUACUUGUCGACUUCGAAACUGCUGUCGCAGGUUCUGUGCUUGCUGCUUGUUGUGGUUGUGGCCAUUGUUUGCUAGUGUUCUUUCGAAGAGAAACGGUUUCUCGGCUUCAUUUAUACCAUGUCGGAGGCUGUCCAUUAUGGUCGUCGUGUUACCCAGGCUCGACUUGCGGUGGAAUCGCCCUUCUUUCAGCAACGUCGGCGGAAGUGUGUUGAGCUGCUCUGUGUGGUUGUUGUUUGUUGUUUGUUCAGGACUUUUACAU